AUGGCAGCCACCACCGUCACCGACUCCGGCGGCGUGAGGAUCAUCACCGAGGUCAUCCCGGCCACAGACCCCAGAGCAGCCCAGCUGGCCCCUGCCUCCAGCCCCUCUGUGCCUGCUGGACCCUCAUUUCAAGUCCAAGGCUUCAGGAAGGCUCAGCCCAAAGUGCUUGGGACCAUCCACAUCUUCACUGGGAUCGUGCACAUCUGCUUUGGGAUCAUCCUGACUGUGUCAGAGUACGGGAACCCUUCCCUGCCCGUGGCCAGUGGCAUCUUCUUCUGGCUCGGGCUCCUGCUCCUGCUCUCAGGCUCCCUGUUGGUGGAAAGUGAGAAACGAGACAACAUCUUACUGGUAAAGAGCUGCUGCCUGGUGAAUGUGGGGGUCAUCCUGAGCACGCUGGUGGCUGCCCUCAUCCACACCACAGCCAUCACCCACGACAGGCCUGGCUGCCAAAACACCCUGUACCAGCUGAGAGCUGAGUGGUGCUUCAAUGCUGAGGACAAGAUCCUGAGCAACGGGCUGGAUUCCAUCUCGGUGCUCCUGGCCCUGCUGGAGCUGUGCGUGGCCGUGGCCGCUCUGACCUUCGGCCGCGCCGCGCUGCGGCAGCGCAGCUACACGCGGAUGGUGAGGACGGGGCGGGGAGCAGCCCCUGGGGCAGCCCCUGCUCGGCCCCCAGAGCCCGACCCGCCCGUUUCUCUGCCCCCGCAGGCGCCGUGA